GCAUCCCUCAAUGCCAGAAUGGAGGAAUGUGCCUCAGGCCUCAGCUCUGUGUCUGCAAGCCUGGCUCAAAUGGGAAGGUAUGUGAACAGAAGACUGUGCCCACACAUCCCUUCCCAGCACUGCCUGGGAAUGGACCCACCAAUGGACACACUAAUGGUCCCACUAAUGGACACAAUGGGGUACCCCAGCGGCCUAUACCACAGCAAGUGCUUCCCAAUGGGCAUGCCUCUGCCCCCCUCCAUCUAGCAACAUGGCCCAGAUGAAACUAACUGUCAAGCCGGCCCAGCUUGUACGACCACAUUACAUCCAACAGCACAUCCAGCAGCAGAUUCGGCCCAUGCACCCAGGUCAGAGCCAGCAGUAUGUUAUAAAGCCCAAAUACUACCACACACACCACACACAGACGCAUGUCCAGUCCCAUCCUGAGAGGCCGAUCCCCCUUACAGUGGGGCACAGCCCUAUCCAUGUGGGCAACCACACAGGAAGGAUCAAGGUGGUCUUCACACCAACCAUCUGCAAAUUAACCUGCAUAGGAGGCAGGUGUCAUAACAACUGCGAGCUGGGGAACACCACCACCAUCAUCAGUGAGAACGGUCAUGCUACAGACACCCUGACAGCACCCAACUUCAGAGUAG